AAGUCAUGACAGCUGAAAAGACUAUUCCUAUAAUUAAUGGCAAGCCAGAAGAUGCUUUGGACCCAGAAGCCUCAAGUACCAACCUCGUCCACAGCAAUGAUAAGAAAGUUCAUGAAAGAGGUCACUGGAACAAUAAGGUUGAAUUUGUGCUUUCUGUGGCAGGGGAGAUUAUUGGGCUGGGAAAUGUCUGGAGAUUCCCAUAUCUUUGCUACAAGAAUGGAGGAGGUGCUUUCCUCAUCCCCUACGUGGUCUUUUUUAUUUGCUGUGGAAUACCAGUAUUUUUCUUGGAGACGGCCUUGGGACAGUUUACAAGUGAAGGAGGCAUCACAUGCUGGAGGAAAGUUUGCCCUCUCUUUGAAGGCAUUGGCUAUGCUACCCAAGUUAUAGAAGCACACCUAAAUGUAUAUUACAUCAUCAUUUUAGCAUGGGCUAUCUUCUAUUUGUUCAACUGCUUUACUACAGAGCUUCCCUGGGCUUCCUGUGGCCACGAAUGGAAUACAGAAAACUGUGUGGAAUUUCAAAAACUCAACAUGAGCAACUGCAGUCAAGUCUCUUUACAAAAUGCCACUUCUCCAGUGAUGGAAUUCUGGGAACGAAGGGUGCUGGCAAUUUCCGAUGGGAUUGAGCACAUUGGGAACCUGCGCUGGGAGCUCGCCCUGUGCCUCCUGGCUGCUUGGACUAUCUGCUAUUUCUGCAUCUGGAAAGGGACCAAAUCCACUGGAAAGGUUGUGUAUGUGACAGCCACCUUCCCCUACAUCAUGCUGAUGAUCCUCCUGAUCCGGGGGGUGACGUUACCCGGCGCUUCCGAGGGCAUCAAGUUCUACCUUUACCCCGACAUCUCCCGGCUCUCCGACCCACAGGUGUGGGUGGAUGCUGGCACACAGAUCUUUUUCUCCUACGCCAUCUGCUUGGGGUGCCUGACAGCCCUGGGGAGUUACAACAACUACAACAACAACUGCUACAGAGACUGCAUCAUGCUCUGCUGCUUGAACAGUGGCACAAGCUUUGUUGCUGGUUUUGCUAUCUUUUCAGUUCUUGGAUUUAUGGCUUAUGAACAAGGCGUGCCCAUUGCAGAAGUUGCAGAAUCAGGACCAGGGCUUGCAUUCAUUGCUUACCCUAAAGCUGUCACCAUGAUGCCUCUGUCUCCUCUGUGGGCAGCUCUGUUCUUCAUGAUGCUCAUCUUCCUGGGCUUGGACAGUCAGUUUGUGUGUGUGGAAAGCAUUGUGACAGCCGUGGUGGACAUGUACCCCAAGGUGUUCCGCAGGGGCUACAGGAGGGAGCUGCUCAUCCUCGGCCUCUCCGUCGUGUCCUACUUCCUCGGCCUCAUCAUGUUAACUGAGGGUGGGAUGUAUGUCUUCCAGCUCUUUGAUUCCUAUGCAGCCAGUGGGAUGUGCCUGCUCUUUGUGGCCAUAUUUGAGUGUGUCUGCAUAGGCUGGGUGUAUGGCAGCAAUCGCUUUUAUGAGAACAUUGAAGACAUGAUUGGGUACAAACCUGUGUCGUUGAUUAAGUGGUGCUGGAUGGUCCUAACUCCAGGUAUUUGUGCAGGAAUCUUCAUCUUUUUCCUGGUGAAAUACAAGCCCCUGAAGUACAACAAUGUGUACAUCUACCCUGACUGGGGCUACGGCAUCGGGUGGAUGAUGGCACUCUCCUCCAUGGUCUGCAUCCCGCUGUGGAUCUGCAUCAAGCUCUGGAAGACAGAAGGCACCUUCAUGGAGAAAUUCAGGAAGCUGAUUACACCUAGCUCAGACCUGAAAAUGCGGGGCAAGCUCGGAGGAGGAGCCUACAUUGCAGCAAUAAAUGACUGCGAUGCCAAACUGAAAGGAGAUGGCACCAUUUCCACCAUCACAGAAAAGGAGACACAUUUCUGAAAGAACUUUUUUUUCUUGUUUUAUUUUUUUUGUAUAAAGAAAUAAAUAAAUUCACUUAAUUAUAGAG